GGCGCAUGCGCGGGGCCGCUGCGCCGCCCGCAGCGUAAACAAGGCGCUGGCGGCCAUGGGGAGGCCGCGGGUGCGCGGCGGGGGCCGGGGCCGACGGGGCUGAGGCGAGGAGAGGCCGAGCCAGGUCCGGACCGGUCCUCGGUGCAGGGGGGGGCUCCUCCCGGCCCGGCCCGGCCCACAGCCCACCGUCCUCCCUCUCGCCCCCGCCGGCCGGGGGCGGCGAGGCCCGUCCCGUCAUGAACUUGGCCGGUCAGAGCGGCGAGGCCGGCAGCGGGCACCUGCUGUUCGCCAACUUCAACCAGGACAACACAUCCCUUGCGGUUGGCAGUAAAUCAGGCUACAAAUUCUUCUCUCUUUCUUCUGUGGACAAAUUAGAGCAGAUCUAUGAAUGCACUGACACAGAAGAUGUGUGCAUUGUGGAGAGGCUGUUCUCCAGUAGUCUGGUGGCCAUAGUCAGCCUUAAGGCUCCACGCAAGCUGAAAGUUUGUCACUUUAAGAAGGGGACAGAGAUUUGCAACUACAGUUACUCCAACACCAUCUUGGCUGUCAAACUCAAUAGGCAGAGGCUGAUAGUAUGUCUGGAAGAGUCUCUAUACAUACACAACAUACGAGACAUGAAGGUGUUGCAUACAAUCCGGGAGACACCUCCCAAUCCUGCAGGGUUGUGUGCUUUAUCAAUAAAUAAUGACAACUGCUACCUGGCCUAUCCAGGGAGUGCAACUAUUGGAGAAGUACAGGUCUUUGACACCAUCAAUCUGAGAGCUGCUAAUAUGAUCCCAGCUCAUGAUAGUCCCUUGGCUGCUUUGGCUUUUGACGCAAGUGGUACUAAACUUGCCACUGCAUCAGAAAAGGGGACAGUGAUAAGAGUGUUUUCCAUUCCAGAAGGACAGAAACUCUUUGAAUUCCGGAGAGGAGUGAAGAGGUGUGUGAGCAUCUGUUCAUUGGCUUUCAGCAUGGACGGCAUGUUUCUGUCUGCAUCCAGUAACACGGAGACAGUGCAUAUCUUCAAACUUGAGACUGUGAAAGAAAAACCUCAGGAAGAGCCUACAACCUGGACAGGUUACUUUGGAAAAGUGCUGAUGGCCUCAACAAGCUAUCUGCCUUCACAAGUAACAGAAAUGUUCAACCAGGGUAGAGCCUUUGCUACAGUCCGCCUGCCGUUCUGUGGGCACAAAAACAUCUGUGCACUUGCCACAAUCCAGAAGAUCCCUCGGUUAUUGGUGGGAGCUGCUGAUGGGUAUCUCUACAUGUACAACCUAGACCCCCAAGAAGGAGGAGAGUGCACACUAAUGAAGCAGCACAAGCUUGAUGGCAGCAUGGAGCCAGCCAACGAAAUCCUGGAGUCUGCAUCCCACGACCGGCCGUUGGUAGCACAGACGUACAGUGCUGCUGUGACUAAAGGUACAUAUGUGCCUUCCUCACCCACAAGGCAUGCCUAUACGGAAGACCUGGGUGCUGUGGGUGGAGCUUGCCUGGAAGAUGAAACCAACUCGCUCAGAUUGGAUGAAGACAGUGAGCAUCCCCCCAUGAUCCUUCGGACAGACUGAACUUUGACCUGUGAACUCACUCCUGAAGCAGAGAACACUGGCUUGAUGUUUCUUGAGGAAUCUCGUGUUAUGCUGCUAUGAACUUUGACAUGAGUUGGGAGAGAGGAUGACAGACUCUUACAGUUUUAAGUCGUAGCUGUAGUUCUAAUUCUAUACCAUUGGAAAAAUAUAUGGUUUUCAAUUCAGUGGCUUUUAAUCUUGCUUAUCUAUUUUAGCUGUGUUUUUUUGUUGUUUUUUUUUGUUGCCAAAACCUGCUGUUUGUGCAGCCCUCGGAGCCUACUAGCUUUGCAUGCGUUCAUGUGCCAAGCAAGCAUAGGAGGGGGAGAGAGAGAGAGAGAAGCCACUUUAUAACAAACUCAAGUUUGUAUUUUUUUUUAUAUAUGUAUAUAAUAUUUAGCUUAUAUAAGGAAGGAGUAGAGAAGUGGUUCUGGAAGCUGAGAUUAGUUCUGCACUGACAAAGGUCCAAAUGGUUUCCUGUGCAUGGGCUUGCAGGCAUACCUAGUGACUGACAUGCAAUCUUUCAAAUGCAUCGGCCUGUUUUUGGGUUCUCCCUCCCCUUUCCUGGACCAUUUUGUUAAUUAAAAUUCCUUCUGAAUGUUG